CUCACUGCAGGCUGACGGACAGACACAUUCAAGUCUGAGGCGUAAACACAGACUGAGGAACUUAGAGGCGCUGUCCGUGGUGCUGACCGACGCCCGGCGUCACGUCCCCCCUGUGUUCCUAUAACCGACUCGUGCGUACCUGAGCUCACCCAGGAUAAGCAUCCGUGGUGAUGGAAGUCUACCGGAGCUGCUCGCGAGUCUCUCAGUCUGCAUGAGCACGAGGAUGGAGACACUCGUGGAUUUAAACCUCGACAAAAUGUUUGUGAAGAAGACACCAUUCUCAUUCGCACACUUUCACCGUUUCACGUGUUCAGAGAAGUGAGCAGAUCGGGACCGAUUCAGCCCGCUGUCGCUCACCAAAGGAAGCUCAACAUGCUGUUAUAAAAGAAAAUGAUCUACAAUCGUCUCGUUGCCCUUCAAGCAUAAGAAACCUGCGUCUUUCUUAACCCGCGAGACGAGCGACGACAUCCACGGGGAGACAUGGCUCGCCUGCUUGUUUUGGUGAACUCCGUGGUCCUGUUGCUUUUCGGCAGCGACAUGUUCUUAGUAGGAGCGAACCGGCCACCAGCUCCUGUCAAUGUGUCAGUCAUGCACCUGCGGGUCGACUCGGCUACUGUAACCUGGGAAGUUCCAGAGGGAGACAUAAUCAUUGGCUUCUCCAUUUCACAACAGAGGCAGGAGGGGCACAUGCAGCGGUUUAUUCGCGAAGUCAACACCACCAGUCGCUCGUGUGUUCUCUGGGACCUGGAGGAGGAGACAGACUACAUAAUUCAGGUCCAGUCGAUCGGUCUCUACGGGGAGAGCCAAGCCAGCAAAAAGGUCCAUUUUCGCACCCUGAAGAAAACAGACCGCAUUCCCUCUAACAGCUCCAACCAAGAUGACCCCACCGUGCAAGGCCUGGACAAGUCACGGCAUCUACAAACAGGAGAGAUGAUCAUUAUUGUGGUGGUCUUGAUCAUGUGGGCAGCUGUUAUUGCCCUGUUCUGCCGGCAGUAUGACAUCAUCAAGGACAAUGACUCCAGCAACAAUAAGGAGAAGGCCAAGCCGUCGUCAGAGAGGAGCACACCAGAGCAUCACAGUGGAGGACUGCUGAGGAGCAAGUUCCAUCCCUCGGUGCCAUCCAUCAACAUCAUUGAAGUUUGAGAAGAAGGACGCCAGAUUUAAUCAUCUACCAUCGAAGCAUUCUCAACCUUUCUCACUGAUGAACACAAAAAGACUGGACAAGGACCGUCUUGCAGAGGACGCACACGCAUGCACACACCAUUUGUAGAAAAAGACAACACUGACAUACAGGUAGACACUCGGAAACUCAUCCAACAUUCAUAUAUAAAUCUAUCCAACCACACACAUAGAUACACACCACGCAAUAGCUAGCAGCAGCGUUAAUGUUAACUAUAGGCUGCAAGCAGCACUGAACGGGACCUCAACCCCCCAUGCAUGCCGGGUGGGCUGAGAGGGAGGCCACCAAUAAUUUAUGUCAGAGUAGAGCAAAUAUAAACCACCCCUGAAACCUUCAUGUAAAUGAAAGAAUGCUUGCUACUGACGGUGGACUUCCUGUUGCCAGUAGGUGGCGCAAUCACUGGCUUUGCAGGUUAUCACUGUGGCUUGAAAAAGAAGACAGAAAAGAAAUAGAGACGGGGAGGAAGUCUGCUGCUCACAGUUCCUGCAAACAUACUGUACUUUUGGCCGCUACCAUGUUUCCCACAGUAACCUGCAUACUGACCAAAGGAAGAUGAGGGCGGAGUCUGCUGCAUCAACUGCAUCAAAUCAUCCUGAAACUCAAUCAGAACACAACUUCCACAGGUCCUGAUGUCCACACUGAGUUUGAAGGGUUUUUGUGCAUGGCGAGGCCUUGAAAAGUGUGUAAAAGAAGUGAAAGAAUAGGAGAAAAAAGAGGAAUCACAGCAGAUACAACAGGGCCUUCACACCAGUCAGUGCCCAGGCACUAAGCAGUGGUACAGUUAACACUGAUGCCUUUACCAGGUGCUUGGUAUCUUAUUGCAAUACAAACAAAACCACAACAUCAUCAUCAUAUCAUAUCUGGGAGGCCAGUCUAUAUGAUUUUAAUUAUACAGUGUAUUUUUGAUAUUAGCCUGUGCAUUAAGACACUACAUUCACUGGUUACAGACAAAAAGAACAAUCAACAUCAAAUUUUCUCCAUUGUAUAUUAUAUUGCCUGGAUGCUACGGGCAGAUUUUUAAUAGGGAGAGAAAACAUAUACAUGUGUCAUAAAUCUAUGUGUAGGAACAACAGUACAACUGCUUCACAAUGUUCAAAUUAAAAUACCAUUUUCUGAUAAGCAUUGUAUUUUUUCACAUUUCAUAUAUAGAUAUAUAUGUAUCAUGACAUGACUGUACAUAUUUCAUUCAUUUACGAAAUGAAGUUGCAUGCAGGUCAUUUGCCUGUAGAAUAGCAUUUGAUGUCUGCUCCGAGUUCGAUGCCAAAAAUGGAGAAAUAAAAACGAUUGCUGU